AGCCCAUUGAAGAUUCGAAGUGCAAUCGAUGUCAGCUGUUAUGCAGCUCGAGGUAUUUCCUGCAAGAUACAUUGCCCUGACUGCCGGACAUACGCUUGCCCGUGCUCGUGACAGUCCACUAUUCUAGCCAGGUCUGGAUCAACCUACGACAGUACCUCAAAGUUCCUCGGAGCGAAAACCUCGGCAUAGCAACCUCUGAGGGUAGACCGACAGCGAUUGGGUCCAUAGUCGAAUUGAAUAUCUCAAGGUUACAACGUCAAGGCACCGAUUGACGCUCCAGCGCCUGUCAGAUCGAAGAAGAAAAAGAAUAAGCCGCUGGAGAAAGAUCACACGUCAUAAUGACUCUGAGCACAGUAUCCUCCGAAACCGACCCAACUCACACCCUACAGGGUGACAAUGCUGCUUCUCGCCAGAGCCGGACAUACUCAUUGCGUCCCUUCAUACAGACUUUGACGGUAGCAGAUGUGGAGAGCUGUACUAUGCUUGAGCAUGCUGCCUUUCCACCAGCAGAGCAAGCGUCGCAGGAAAUUAUUCAAUACCGCCUCUCCCACUGCAACGAGCUCGGUCUAGGUCUCUACACCUCGCAGAUUGAGCCAGACCUGGAACGCAGCCUCGGAGCAUCUGACACCGAUACAUUGGACGGAUCUUUGGCAACGUCGCAGAACCCCAAGCUGAUUGGGCAUGUCAUAUCCACUCUUUCCACAGCUUCCGUGGUCCUUGAUCAAGCCAUGUCAAUGCCGCGCCCGUCUUCGGCCGUAAUAUCCUCAAGCCAGGGCUCCUCGGUGCCGACGCCGAGUGGAGUCACACCACCAUCAGGCCAUGAGCCCCACGGCCGGACCCUCUGCAUCCACAGCCUCGCCGUUCUUCCAGCUUAUCAACGUCUUGGGCUCGCGACAAUGCUUUUUGAGACAUAUCUCAAGCGUAUGGCCUCACAGGAUCUCGCAGAUCGUGCAGCGCUGAUUGCACAUGAGCACCUAGUGCCGUGGUACGAAACAUUCGGUUUUGUCAGUCAGGGUCCGAGCCAAGCACAGCAUGGAGGUGGUGGAUGGAUCGACAUGGUACUCGAGUGGAAACAGUGAGUUCGCGGUGGAACAUGAUGCAUUGAUACAUCGCGCUAUUCUCGCUACAUGAAUCAACGGGCCAAGUACAGUCGUCGACGAAGCACUCUCAUCUGAACCUGCGCCAAGAAUUGAAAAUAUUCAUGCCAACGCCGAGGUACGCUGCCACACUGCUUCCUCACUCAGAGUCUGGAGGAUCAUGCACAAGUUCGGGAUUGCAAGGCAUUCCGAUGUGGGAUCAGCAACAUUAGUGCUUACUCUUUGAUCGGCUACGGUACAUUUUGACGAAGAGUGUAGAUUCGAUCCUGAAUUGUUAGAUCCGUGGCGCAAUGUGGCUGUUUUUGUGCGCGCUCGGGCGCAGGUAGUUGACGGCUGAACGUCACCUGAAGCUUUCCGAGCCCCACUUGGCGUCAAUUCAACCGAUGUGAUGUGCACGCUUCCGGGUUUACAUUCGUGCAGAUCUCAGAAAACAUGGAACACGUACUUAUAUCCAAAGCCCCUGUUUGCCAAAA